AUGACUCUCUAUUACAGUCUUGUCUUCGUGCUUCUCGUAGCAGAGAUGGCACUCUUCAUGCUUCUCAUCGUCCCUCUUCCUUUCACAAUUCGCCGAAAGAUGUUUACUUUCAUAAGCGAAAGUCGACUGGUAGCAAAAUUACAGUACGGGAUGAAGAUAACAUUUAUCUUCAUCCUGAUCCUGUUUAUCGAUAGUGUAAACAGAGUAUAUAGGGUUCAGGUCGAAUUGGCAGAAGCCAAUAAGAGCCAAGCUGGUAACCCGGUCCUCGGCCACGAACGCAUGGAAGUACAAGCCCGCAAAUUCUACUCUCAACGCAACAUGUACCUUUGCGGUUUCACACUCUUCCUCUCCCUAAUCCUCAACCGAACCUACACCAUGAUCCUCGAAGUUCUCCGCUUGGAAGAAAAGGUUAACCGCUACGAGGGUAUUGGCAAGACCAACGGAAAGGAUUCUGACAAAUUGGACCGUGCCGGAAAUGCUGGGGAGAUUGGCAGACUUAAGAACUUGUUGGCUCAAAAGGAAAGAGAUAUUGAGACUCUCAAGGAACAAUCGGCUAGAAACAAGCAAUUCUCUGAUGACAUUCUCGAUAAAGCUCAAGCUCGUGAACCUUCUGCUGGUUCCAGAAAGGAGAAAUAA